GAUAUUAAUCCACCACAACGCUCAAAAUAUGCCUGUUUUGCGCCGCGAAAAGUUCAAUUACCAUGGAAACAAGGUCAAGAAGUAUCCCAAGACCAAUCGCACUGAGUUGAGUCAUGUUGCCCGCGCGUUUGCAAUGGGGUCGCUCAUCACGCUCCGAGGCAACAUUACAUCCCAACAUCAACUUGCAACCAAAAUGGGCCGCGCGCAGUCCAGCUUAUCGGAGCUACUUUCUCGUACAGAGAAGAAGGCGGCAGAGAAGACUGUGGCACUAUGGGACGAAAUUCUCUACAAAAACGACCUGGGGAGGGGGAGGAGCAAGCUGUUGACAAAGGAUCAGAAGGAGCGCAUUGUCAGUCUUGUCAUCUCAACGCACGACAACAGAGAGAAAGAGAGCUGGCAGGCAAUUGCUGAUGGCGAUUUUGAUGAAAUUGUACCCAGGAUGAGUGUAACCACUUUUGAAAACAUCAUGUACGAGUAUGGUUAUGCUUGCCAUUGUCCUAGCUGGAAGCCGCACCUCACACCUGAACAAGAGAAGGAGCAAUAUGUCUGGGCCCUUGAGCAUAACCCUGACAAGGAUGAAGAGUAUGACAAUAAAGGCUUCAACUUCUAUGGAAUCGCAUACACUGAUGAGAUGCCAGCUCAAAUUGGCAAGGAGCGAGGCAUGUGUAGGACUUGGUGCAAAGGAGAUGAGCGCUGGGAUGACAACGUCAAACACAAUCGCAAUUGUAAGGACUGCUGCCUCCAGUUCUAUGGCGCCUUCCGCUACAAUUAUAAAGGCCCUUGUUGUAACGACACAGGCCAGUAG